AUGGUUACCUAUGUAAUCUGGUCAUCAUUGGCUCGAAAAAAGGCAUCCAGGACGACCUCACAGGGCCAUGGCAGCCGACAUAACCUGCAUCGGGCGAGAGGGUGGCUGGCAAGGUAUAUGAGGCGGUAAAACUAAAAAACAUUGGAAAGAGGGUCGCCUGUCUGCUUUGCGUUUGGCUUUUCCGGAAUUAUUCGAGGAUACGACGGGCAAUAUCAGAGUUUGACCAGAUUGGGAGGAUCUGACCCCCACUGAUAUCCUACCACCCGUUCUUUGAACGGGCGCUAUGGAAGACUCACAGGAAAAAGAUGCGAAAUGGAGGCGUUCGUCGGGAUUAUGCAAUAGAUGAAUACGUGGGGUGAUUAUGGCAUGUAAAGGGGUGUGGGAGGGGUGGUUGAGAUGAUGCGAGUUGGAGCGCUUCGGGAACACGAACCG